UUUAAUAGUUUUAAAUAGUUUUACGUAUCUUUUAUCUUGUGUGUUUGUUUUUGUAAAAUUUAAUAAAAAUGAGUAUCAUGUCAUCGUUGUAUGAGAAGAGGCCUCUGAAGAAGCCUCGAAUCGGUCCGCCUGAUGUGUAUCCACAAGAACCAAAACAGAAGGAGGACGAAUUGACCAGUUUAAAUGUUAAACAUGGAUUUAACACAAUGCCCCAAUUGUCUGAUGAAUUUGGGACCGCACGUAAUUGUAAUGUUACAGCUAGCAAGGUUGGAGCAUAUUUCAAUGCGAUAAUUGCAAAAAAAGAAGAAUUAUGUACGCUACAAGAUUCAGGUCGUAAACGUCAACAGAUCAAUACAAAAGAUCAUUUUUGGCCUGCGAUUGUCCGUAAUAAACAUUACAUUGAGGCUUGGUUCAAAGAUCUGGCUGGCAGUAAACCAUUAAUGACGUUGGGCAAGCGUGCCCCCAACUUUAAUAAAAAGGAAGAGAUAUUUAUGAUGUUGUCUGAGUAUCAAGUUCCAAUGUUGCGUGCUACAUGGUUUAUAAAAUUAAGUUCUGCGUACACGAUAGCGGUAUCAGAAGCAAAAAAUAAAAAACGACAAUUACCAGAUCCAACAACCGAAUGGACUGGAACCCUUAUCAAAUUCUUAAAAGAUCAACUACCAAAGCUACAAGACCAUUAUCACAUGUACAACAAUAGUUUAGCUAAUCUUGAUACCAAGAACAGUUCAACAUCGUCUACAACAGCACCUGGUGCUGCUGGAGGACAACAACAGAAUCCUAAUGGAAUGACACCAACAAGUACAAGCACUACGAGUGCUACAUCAGGAACAACACCAGCUAAUAGCACACCAACGGGAGCUGGUGGUGGUAAUGUUACCAACUUGACAACACCACCAAUGCAUUCACCAGCUCAACCGGGUUCGACGUCCAUUACAUCCGUUAUCACUCAAUCAACUGAGAGUGAAUUUAAAAUUGCACAUCGACAAUGGACGUACUGUACACAACUUGCAAAAUAUAUGUAUGAAGAAGGUCUAUUAGAUCGUUCAGAAUUCUUAAAUUUAAUAUUAGAAUUGUUAGAUCGUAUGCGUUCACAACCCUCUGAUGAUGGUAUCCUACGUUUAAUUCUACCAUUUACAUUACAAUAUGUGGACGAGAUCGUUCAAUCUGAACUACUAUCCAGACGGAUUGCAUAUCUAUGUGCUAAGAAAUUAACAUAUUUAUGUAAUAGUAUCGCUGAAUCAAAUCUAACAGCAUCAUCAGUGACACCUGGUGGUACCAACAACAAUACAAUAUCAUCAUCUGAUCAAAAGAUUGAAAAUAUGAAUACAAACGAUAAAGAUGGUAAUAGUAAGAAGGAUAACAUGAACAUGAUGGUAGCAGCAGGUGUAGCUCCAGGUGCUGGUGUGAAUAGUCCUUUACAAGCUACCAUUCAGGAGUACUUGAAUUGUCCACAUCAUAAGGAUAUCAUUCUUCAAUUGAGUUGUAUUUUACAGGUAAUAACGCUGGAAUGUUCGACGGCGUUAGUCUGGUGUGGUGUUGGUGAAAAUCGUUCGAAUUCAAUAUGGCACGGUUCACCAUUAGAUUGUUUACCAGCACCUCCAUCACAACUACCAUUACCAAGUAGAAUGGCUACUGGGGGUCUACCAUCUAGUGGUGCAUACACCACCGAACUACGUAGACGUUUACGGCAAGCUGAAGAUAAUAUACGUGAACGAUCUAAACGAGCUGAAGGUCGAUGGUGUGCUGAUAAAUGGCAAUGCAGUUCAUCAGGAUUGACCACAACUAGAGUGUUAGCAGCAUUGGACGCUUUAGAUCGACAUCGAUUCGAUCGUGUCGAUACAACAAACUCUUUAGAUACUUUGUAUGCUAAAAUAUUUCCAGCACCUACAACUCCUAUCAAAGAUCCAACAUCUGGAUCCCCAGGUGCAAACACAACUACAAACACAUCAUCAUCAUCGUCAAAUGAAAAUAAAGAAUCUCGUAAUGAAUAUAAUGUGAAUCAAGAUGAACCAAUCAUACAAAUCUUAUGUGAAUGGGCUGUAUCAAAUGAACGAUGGGGGGAACAUCGUGCAAUGGCUGUAGCUUGGCUGCUGGACAAGAGACAACAAGAUGUAUCAUCACCAGAACCGGAUACAAAUGCAUCCGAUGACAAGGAUUCAGUUAGUUCGUUAAAUAAUCAACCAAGUGGUUUACCAAUCUUUCAAAAUUUACUCAUGAAAUUUUUAGAUGACGAUGCUCCAAUUUUAGAAGAAAAUGGUAGCGCACAGAAUCGAGCAAUGUUUACCAAUCUUGUACAUUUAUUUGCUGAAUUAAUUCGUCAUGAUGUGUUCUCUCAUGAUGCGUACAUGUGUACGUUAAUAUCGCGUGGUGACCUGCUGUCUACGGGCGCUAUGAAUGGAAGUGCUGGAAUACAUCGUCCACCGUCACCUCCACCGAAUCCUGGUUUAGAUGAUGAAAUAUUUGGACUUGAUUUAAAAUCGGCUAAAUUGGAUGUUUCUGAUCAUGACGAUUCAAAAAUCGACGACGAUCUGGACAAAUUAUUACAACAUAUAAAAGAAGAUCAACAAAAUUCAUUGGAUGCUCCAGACAGUCCCAAAGAUCCAGAUCAUCAUCACCAUCACAGCAACAUGAUGAGUUCAACGAUGAGUUCGAUCCCAAUGGAAACAGAUCAUAGCGAUUUAAAAAUACGUCCAUCACGACAUCUCCUGUACACCACACAUUUCCCACUCACCCAGGAUGAAACGUAUUCGCAACACGAUUGUAAUCAACGACACGUAUUAUUGUACGGUGUGGGUAAAGUACGUGAUGAAGCACGUCACACGGUUAAGAAAAUGUCGAAGGAAAUAUGUAAAUUAUUCUCGAAAAAGUUCUCAAUUGAUGUCGCUGAAGGUGGUAAAGUGAAGAAACAUUCACGGAAUGAAUUUAAUUUUGAAUUGGCCACACAAAAAUGUCAAAAUUUAAGUUAUUUUGAUCAGCACGUGGUCACGUGGCAAUGUAGUUUGAAUGUUAUCGAAAUGUUAAAUUCAUUUGGAUCGGGUAAUUCGAAUUAUUUACCAGUUCAAGAGCAUGUUGCAUUCUUAUUCGAUUUAAUGGAGUUAGCGUUAAAUAUUUAUGGUUUGAUUGAUGUGUGUAUUAGUAUUCUAAAAGAGUUGCCAGAAGUUGAAGCACAACUUCUCUUAAAAGGUUCAACGUUAGCAAGGAAUUAUACAACUUCGUUAAGUUUAUAUGUUGUGGGUGUUUUACGACGUUAUCAUUGUUGUUUGUUGUUGUCCGCUGAACAAACAUGGCUGGUGUUCGAUGGUUUAUGUAAAGUGGUGAAGCAUGUUUCAACACCUGGUGAUUGUUCGUCAGCUGAACGAUGUGUGCUAGCACAUCUAUAUGAUUUGUAUUCGUCGUGUCAUCUCCUCAAACAGAAGCCACACACAGAGUUUGCAAAUGCUAAUCCAAAGAUUCGUAUUGCCUUGUAUUCAGCUUUGCAACCAAGCACAACCAAUAAUUAUGUGUACAAUGCACAUUAUAUGCAAGAAUUCUUUGCAAGUCCACGUCGAGGUAAAAUAGAGACAAGUUGGGCACGCCAAUUGGCAGAAUCACCAAAUAAUCGUUACAGUUUUGUAAUAAAUGCAAUAGUGACCGUCUGUCGUGAACAAGACAAUGAACGCUUGAACGACAUCUCUGUUCAAUGUGCUGAAGUGACAGCUUGUUGUAAUUCGUUGUCAGCUGAAUGGGUUGGAGCGUUGAUGGCACUAUGUUACGCGACCAACAACACCAUCUAUAUUGAUUUAUUGACACAAGUUGAUGUUCAAGAUUUAUCGAUACAUAAUUCUUUAGCUGUUUUUACGUCUAUUUUAAUUGCUCGACAUUGUUUUUCAUUGGAAGAUUUUGUAAAACAUAUUGCAUUACCGAACUUAGUAAAAGUAUCAAAAGAAUUCAACGAAGGACGUGGCGGUAGCGAUGGUCCAGGUGGUGCAGGUGUUGGUGGUGGUCCUGGUGGUAAUGUAGAAGCUGGUGCACGACUCACAUGUCACUUGUUAUUGCGUUUAUUUAAAACUGUUGAAUGUCCACAACCUGGUCUGUAUUCAGUAAGCACCAGUCCACAUCCGUUACCAAGUGGUCAAGGUGGUUACUCAAUCCGUUUAAGUUGUGAUCGACAUUUAUUAGCUGCUGCACACAAUAAUAUUAAAGUCGGUCCUGUGUUAGCUGUCUUGAAGGCUAUUUUAGUGGUUGGUGAUGCAACGUCACGUGAACGGAAGUUAGGUAAUAAACGUGAUGGGAGUGGAUCAUCAACACACGUAGGAUCAUCUUCAAACAGUAAAGCACCAACAGCUGUACCUGGUGAACUUAGUAUAUCACAUAUAUUAGGCACCAGUGAUAUAUUAGGUGGUGGAGAUGAUGGAAUGCUUGAUAUUACGAUGGUAGAAUUGGAGGCUACAUCGACUCGCAGUUCACAAAGGCAAUCAGUAUCCUCGGAUGGAACAACAUCCUUAUCAAAAUUUGCUUGGCAUGUCUUACGAGAAAUCUGCUCACAACAAUGGGUUUUGGAACGAUGUUUAAGUCAACCAGAAGAAUUAUUUCAAUCGGAUUUAUUGUUGGAUUCAAUGUUGACGUCGUCACAAGCACAACGUCUGCUUCAUAUGAUUUGCUAUCCAGACAUGAGUUCAUCUUUAGAUGAAUUGGAUCAAAAAAGUAUUAUCACUAGGAUAUUAGAGAAUUUAGAACAAUGGACGUUACGAAUGUCUUGGCUGGAUUUACAAUUAAUGUUUAAGCAGUUUAACAACAACACGUCCGAAUUAAAUCAAUGGUUGGAUACCGUUGCAAAAGCUGCUAUUGAUGUCUUCCAAUUGAAUUCACAAGAUUCUAUUCAUAACGAACGUCUUACAACAAACGCUAACUCCAACGCUAAGUACGAUUUUAAAGGUAAAUCAGGUUCAAUAUGGCUGGUAGCACCACUGGUAUCAAAACUUCCAAGUGCAGUCCAAGGACGUGUCUUAAAAGUAGCUGGACAAGUAUUAGAAACAAACAAUUGGCCUGCAGGCAAACGAUCCUCUGGUUCAAGUUCUUCAUCCGAUAAUAAAGAUAUGAGUUUACGUGGAGGCAACAGACGUUAUCAAAGUACAUCGUUGUUAAGUCAUCAACCGUUCUUAUCACUGGUGCUAACAUGUUUGAAGGGUCAAGACGAUCAACGUGAAGGCUUGCUUACGUCACUACACUCACAAUUAUCACAAUUUUUAAAUUUAAGUAAAGAUGAACGUGUUGGAACGUGUGAAAUUGGUAAUCGUGAAUCGAUGUUAGAUGCAUUACAAUUAAGAUUCUCAUUGGUUGGCGGCAUGUUUGAUACGGUCCAACGGAGUACGGCUACCACCACUGAUUGGGCAGUGCUUCUAGUUCAACUUAUUAGUUAUGGCGUUAUCGAUUUAAAUAAUAAUUCGGAAUUAUUUACAACUGUUCUUGACAUGCUAGCAACUUUAGUUCAUUCAACUUUAGUAUCGGACAGUCAAUCCGAAAAAGACGAAAGUAAAAAACAUUAUCAGAACUUACAGAAGAAAUUAAAAAAAGAAUUAGGAGAUCGAAACAGUCCAUCGAUCCAAUAUGUACGACAAUUGUUACAAUUACCAAAGCGAACGUGUGAAGUGAUCGCAUGCGAACCAGUCGGUUGUCUAACAGACACCAAAGGUAAUAAAAUCACUGGAUUCGAUAGCAUCGAUAAGAAACAAGGUUUACGUGUCUCUGACAAACAACGUGUCAGUCCAUGGGAUCUACUUGAAGGUCAAAAGAGUCCUGCUCCAUUGAGUUGGUCAUGGUUUGGUGCGGUACGUUUAGAACGUAAACCGUUAUGGUACGAGGACACACAUCGUUUGUUAAAGUAUCACACGCACAGUUUAUUACGACCGCCAUCACAUUAUUUAGAUUCGGUACCGUUGCCUCCUGAAGAUUUAGAACCAAUUCAAGAGAAACCUCUGAAGGACUAUGACGAUAUAAACGCUGACACACCUAGCUCUUUGGAUCAAUCCCCUGCGGCACUAGGUAAAGUUCGCUGUAAAAAUUCGCAGCGCAGAUCACGGAAACCAAAACAAAUGGGUCCAUGUGGUGGUCAAGUGGGUCCUGGUGGUGUUGGUCCUGGUGGUGUUAAUGUUCCUGGCCAACAAAAUCAAAUGGGUGGACCGAAUGGUGGUGGUCCUGGUGGACAGGGACAACAACUACAAAUGGGGCAGAACAAUGUGAUGCAUCCACAACAUCCACAAAAUAUGGGUGGCAUGAAUAUGGGCGGCGUUCAAGCACCGUCCCAACAAGGACAAAUGGGCCAAAUGGGAGGUUAUGGUCCACAAAUGGGAAAUGUCGGACCUCAACAAAAUUUCCAAGGAAAUCAAGGUCCACAACAGUGGGGCUAUAAUCAACAACAACCACAGCAGCCCCAACAAGGAUAUUAUGGACAACAAAUGCCUGGAGUUUCAAGAUAUGAACGUCCGCAAGUGAAUCAAUCAAAACAAGCUCUAACAAAUAUGCUACGACAACGGCAUCCUUUAAAUCAUUUUUUGGGUGGUCAAGCGGGUACUGGUCAAGUACCACCCGGUGCUGGACAGAUGCCUGCCGCAUAUGGUGGAAUGCAACGACAAUUUCCUCGUCAACAAAUGCGUGGACCUCAGCAACAACAUCCUGGUGCAAAUAUGCAACAAAAUCAGAAUAUGUUCCAACAGCAGUAUGGAAAUAUGCAGCAAGGCGCCAUGAAUCAAAAUUAUGGCGGCUAUGGCAAUCAACAAGUGAACACGACGGGCAAUAAUCAACAAGGACAAAUGAUGCAAGGUGGGGCGGUUGGAGUGGGACCCCAACAAAAUAUGAUGGGCUCGUUUCCAAAUCAACAAGCUGGUUUUGGACCACAAAAUGUUGGUAACACGGCUGCCAUGAUGGGACAACGUACACCCACCCAAUCAGAUUACUUGAAUCAACAGCAACAACGGAUGGGCCAACCGAACCGUCCACAAUACUUACAAGCACCAAAUGUUACAAUGAACACGAUGGGAGGACCACUAGGCAAUAGUCAAGGGGGCCCAGCACCACCAUAUUCACGUAACGCUGGCGGGGUAGGAGUGGGAGGACAACCAACGGUACAACCUAAUCAACAACAGAGUCAACAGCAAUUCCAACAGCAAGUAAAUCAACAACGAAUUCGACAACAAAUGAUGGCCAUGCAACAGCAACAACAACAACAACAACAACAGCAGCAGCAGCAGCAGCAGCAGCAGCAGCAACAACAACAACAACAACAAUCUUCAGUGGUUGGUCAAGGAGUACAAGGUGUUCAAGGUGGUGGUCCACCAUCUGCGUUGGUCGCACACUUACAACGAUCCAUGCAGCAACAAGGUCAACAACAUAAUCCGUACCAUCAACCUCCACAAUAUCAAUAAAGACAUCAAUCAGCAUCAGAAUCAGAAUCAGAAUCACAUCUACGUCUGUUGUUGAUCUAUGUGUACGCUUACAUCAACCCCUUCCCCUCUCCUCUCCUCUCACCCCACCCACCUGUAUUUUAUUUAAUUACAACAACAAAUUAAUUAACACCACUUU